CCAUGUAAAAUACCCCAGCCUGGAAGCUCUCCACUCACACACCGUAGAUGACUCGAUCGGAAAAUACUGCGCCUUCAGAGAUCGCUUCGCGUUUUUACAAGCAGCCAGGAGUUACUGCACCAUGUUCUCGUUUGGCGUGACGGUUCCUCAAGGCGGUUCAUACGGUAUAAAGAUCAGCAGUCUCCCUGAUGGAUGGGGUGGGAAACAGAUCUUCUGGGGUAUGCACACUGUUUUUCUUCCUUGGAAAUUGGCAGGUUUUCUAAAUAUACAGGCAGGGAACUAUCGCGUUGAUAGAAAAGGCGAACACAUGAUCAAGGCGGAUGAGUGCAAUGGAUAUAUGGAAGCCAUCUAUGCGUCCGGCUGUCAAGGCUUUGGCGGAUGGGUCAACACUGACUUUGGAACGGUGAGGUCUCUUGAUUUUGUAUAA